AUGUCUUGUAGCCUCAGCACCUUCCCUACGACGAGGCAGGCGUGCCCCAUCGCCCCUGUGUCUGCGCUACGUGCGGCAGUGGAGCGGCUACAGCAGCCCGACGCCACGGCAGCUGGCGGUGUGGACACGCGGCGGCCCAACUACCUCCUCGAUGUUCCCGUCAGCGCCAUCGACGUCGAUCGCUGGGAGAAGCGGUGGCAGGAAACGAUGAGUGCGGUCUCCCCGUCCUUGCCUUCUCUGGGCGUGGGCACCAAGGGGCAGCUAUACUUUCAGCACGCCUCGAUUGCGUACGCAGCGCUCAUGACCGUCGAUGAGGCGUCGGCCCCGAUGAACGCGCCGUCGACGCGGCGCCUGGCGCCGCUGCCACCGUUUGUGUUCGCUACCGUCAAGGCGCUCCCAAUGACGCAGCUGCUGAAGAUGCGCCGACAGUGGCUGCCGCACCGGCAGCGGUUUGCCGUGCACCAGCAGCGCAUGGGCUUUCUUGACGCCGUGUUGAGCCACGCUCUCGUGGCCCUCAUCGGUCCGGCUGGCAGCGGCCGCACGCUGCAGGUGCCCAUUGUGCUCUCCGAGACGGAGGUGCUGAAGCGGGGGCGGCUCAUCGUUGUGAGUGCGAAUGCCGCGGCGGCGCGGCUGACGACACUGCGCCUGCGCGAGGAGCGAGGCGAGGAUGUGCAGCACUCCCGCACGGUCGCCGCAGCCGUGCCAAACCAUAACGAAACCACCGAGAGCACCAGCGUCGUAGUCACCACCGCGGAGGUGAUGCUGCGGCAGCUCCUGUGUGACCCGUGCCUCGAGGACGUCGGAUGUGUCGUCUUCGACGACGCACAUCUGCGGAACGAAUCGACGGAGUUGUGCCUCUCGCUGCUGCGCGAUCUUUUAGCGGUGCAGCAGCAGUGGGAACACCAGCGUGGUGCGCCGGGCGGGUCGGCAGCUGUCUCGUCAGCGAAUGGGCCGGCCGCCGGCCCCGAUGCAGACACAGCACAGGGCCCCGAUGCUGUGCGGAGGCGCAGGCUGCACGUCGUGUUGAAUUGCCCUGAUGAGGCGUGCGCGACGACGCUACUGUCCUUCCUUGCGCCAUCGCGGUGCACGGCGACCACCUUCGUGUUGCAGACGGCCCCGACGCUUAUGACGGCGAAUACCACGUUGUACUUGGAGGAGGCCGUGCAAUGGCUGCUGAAAACUGAGAAGGAGGGCAGCUGCCUUAUCAGCGAUAGCGCUGCGAUGGAAGCGACUCUGGUCUCGUACGCAGAAAACGUGGAUGCUGUGGCGCGCAUCAUGGCCGCCAGUGAUGCAGACUUUGCUCACCCGGCCGCCUUUCGGCGCUACUGGUUGCCGCUCAUUCAGCAAUGCGUCGAUGAGUUUGACAAGGCGGACCGCCACGUGGCUGGUGCGACCGCUGGGCAGGGCUCGUCGCCGCUCUCAGCGAUCGUACUUGUAGCACCCAACAACCACUACGUCCACGUCAUUGCCAAUGCGAUGCGGGAGGCGCAGCGAACGGCGGCAGAGGGCGAUGUAGCGGCGUCGCGGGUGUGCACCGCCCUCGCUGCGGAUUCACCGUUUUCGUCGUUCCUGACGGUCGCGCAGCGCACUGCCGUAAAGGACGCCUGCCAGCGCUGGAUCAUUGUCGCGACGAGCGAGCUUAGUCAGUCGGUGCUGCCCUCCGGCUUGGAUGUCGGGCUUGUCGUCGACUGUGCGCGCAACGGCUACACGACGGUGGACACGACAACCAUGGCGGACACCGUGGUGAUCGAGUACAGCACCAUCGCACAGCUGCGCCAUCGCCGCAAGCUAGCCAAGAUGACGGCGACGGCGUCCCCUGCUGCUGACGGCGACGGCAGCAAGCCCGCUUCGCCAGUGGUGAUUCAGUUGAUCCCUAAGUCUAUCCUGCACGGAGCGCACCACCGCCGUCUUAGUGCUGACCCCGCCCAACACAUCAUUUUCCGUCUUCCCUUUAGCCGCUACGUGCAGGUGUAUCAAGUGUUGCAGGCACGGGAGGAGGCGGCGCUGUCGCAGCGCGCGGCCUUCUCGCUCUCCGCUGCCGGAGGCGCCAACUCGAGCAGUGCGGCUGGUGGUGGACCCUCGAUAGCCAGCAAGGUGUCUGCCGUCCUUGCGUCGCAACUCAUUGGCGUGCCUGCUGCGACGGCGACGCGAUACGAGGCGGUGCGGCGCAUUAUGGCUUCGGUGGAGUCGUACCUGCGCGCCGCCGGGCACCUCGCCGUCGACCACACCGCUGGCUCUCCGGGAAUGGGUCAACUCGUGCUGCAGCCAAUGGCCGUGCUUUCCCUGUGUCUGCCUGUGCCUCUGCAGGUGGGGCGACUCCUCAUCGUUGGCAGCCUGCUGCGCUCUUCUCUGGCGGCCGUCACGGCGGUGGGUGCGUUGUGGUGCUGCAGCGAUCUGCUGUCGUUGCAGGGUGCCGGCGCUGUGCGCGUGGCGGAUGCGUCGGAUGCGACACGCGAAGCUGUGGAGGAGCAGGCGGCGCUCUUGACGGAGGCGCGUCUAUUCUUCUCGCGCGACUCGCUCAGCGAUGUCGUCAGCGCCUUCCACGUGUAUCAGAUGUGGUGCUCCACGAAGGCCAAGCAAGAGGCCGAGCGCGAUUUUUUGGAGGAGUGCGGCGUCGCAGGCGAAGUUCUGCAGGCCGUCUUCGACACCCAGGUGCAGCUCUGCAUGCUCAUGCGAACCUUUGGGCUGCUGCAGCAACCCGGCGAUGGAGACGAGAGCAGUCGCGCCGGCGCUGGGGAGUCUGAGGCAGAGAGGGCUCUACGGGUGUGCGUGGAAUCGGUGCAGCAGAGCACGUCCGAUAGCGUGGCGCAGGUGUCGAGUGCGCUUGCUGGUGCGAUGGCGGCCCUGUCUCCGGAGGUGGCCACGAGUCGCGCCCUGCACGCGUGCGUCACGGCUGCGCUGUACCCGAGCUGUGUGGUGCCGACGGGCGAGGAGGGGAUCGGCCUCGUUUACGACGGCGUCUCCACCUCUAGCAUCGGCGGCGCUGGUGGCGGCGGUGAGCCCUCCGGUAGCGGCGCUCCGGCAGCGGGUACAGGUCGCCGGGUGGCGAGUUUCAGCAGCGACUGUGUUCUCGCUGAUGCGGUGCAGUGUGCCAAGGCGGCCGGCAGACCGUUUCUGUUUCUCGCCAAGUCGAUCGCCGACGCGGCGACGCGUGAGGCAGCCGUCAUGGGCACAUCGUCCACCGUAGCCGCUACCGUUGUGGAGCAGGUCGACCCCCUGCAUGAGGCAGCGGCGGUGGUCUUCUGCGGCCACUUCUACGAGCGUCCGCGCAAGGCACCGACGCGUUGCCGCGGGUGGUCGUCGGUGCUGACGAGUCGGUGGCGCGAAACUCGACGCGCGCGCGCGUUGCCGCCGGUUUCACAGCUGCCGCCGACGUGCAUCUCGGUGCAGUCGUACGACACGGUGCACUGCAACCACGUUAUCUUCACCAUGGACCAGAACCUCUCCCUCACGAUGCGGUCAACGACAGCGAAGUGGUUGCAGCAGCUCCGCACCCACGUCGGCGCCUACCUCACCGCACUGGCGCGUGGGGUCGCCACGUCCAACAGUAACGGGUCACUAAGGGAGGCGUCGUCGGCUCUAGCGGCUGAGCUGGCGGAAGCGUGGGAGUGGUGGGAGCGUCGUCAUGAGCAGGGCCGCGAUUGGCUGCGUGAGGAGCGGGUGGUCGUGGCACAUCAGCAGCAGCAAAAGGAGGCGGCGGCGGCUGGCUAUGACGAGCAGGAGCAGGCGGCGUCGGCGGCCAAGAUCGCGGCGCUGCGACAGCGUCUCUUCGGCUACUAUGAGUGGCAGAUUCGACCCGGCACCCCAGCCGCUGUCGUCCUUCCAUCGAAUGCAGAACGGCAGGCGUUUGCCAAGAGCGCAGCUGCCGCGGCAGCGGCAGCUACGAAGGGGAGUGGCGAGGUCGACAAUGGUGACGCAGGCGCGGCUGCAGAAGACGACGCCGCCGCAGAGGGCGCUGGUGGGGUGCAGGCCACGUACUCGGGCAAGGUGCCGCCGGCCGACGUGGACCACAUCUUCCGUCUGUGCGUCAAGAGUGUGGCCGCCAAGGGCACGCGCGAGGCCGAGGCGCAGCUGCUUCGCGACAACCCGGACAUGUUCGGUUUCCUCAACCCCGAAGAUGAGUUCCAUGAGUACUACCUGUACUUGCUGCGGCAAGCAGCGCCAGACAUGGAGGUGCUCGGCGACAACCUGGAGGAACUCAUCGCCUUCCUUGAAGACCUUGAAGCAGAGCUGCGUGAGGAGCUGGGGCUGCCGCACCCGAACGCGGCGGCACAGGAGGACGCCGGGGGAGUCCUGGGCAGGCACGUGAACGGCGAAGACGGCGUCUACGGCGCAAGUGCAGCCGGCAUUUGGGGCGGCGACGUCAGUGGUGAUGCGAAUGGGCAGUGGAACUCCAGCCCGUUUGGCGGCGGCUACGCAGUGCACGACGUUCCAGUCGGUGAGGGUGACGUGGACGGCUACGGUGACGGCGACAGCGGUGGGUUGCAGCUCGAAUCUGCCGCGAUCAACCUCAAAAAGAGCGCUGGCCCAACAUUGGCGGAGAAAAUCGAGGAGGCAAAGCGAGCGCAAGCGAGCGCGGCCCCUACGACGGGCAAGUCGGCCGAUAUGGCACCUCCUAUGAUGAUCGGUGCCCCUGCAGCGCCGCUGCAGAUGAGCCUGCCCACCGCGCCGUCGCCAGCGAGCGGCAAUACACCGUUUGUGUCCACCAACGCAGGUGAGACGCUCGCCGACAAGCUGCGGGCAAUGCAGAUGGCCGCCAUGGGCGGCUCUGCCGGCAGUGCCAGCGAUCUCGCGCGGCUGCAGUUUUCGGCGCAGCCGAGCGCUGAUCCAACGAGCGCGCAGCCCGAGUCUGCGGCACCGUGUGGCGUGCUGCCGCCGCCACCUACGGCAGCCGACUUGCUCGCCGUCAUCAACGGCGGCGAAGGCGCGGAUGUGGCGCCGCCACAGGCAUCCCUUGACCUCGACUUUCAACAAGCUCCACCAACAACCGAGGAGCUCCUGGACUUGCUGGGGCCGGCGCUCCCCACUUCGGCACCCGCUGACCCCUUCGCAGCGGGCAGCGGUCUCGGUAGCAGCCGGGGUACCGCGCCACUGCCCUCUGCGACGAUGGCGGCGAUGAUGAUGGGGAUGGCAACCACACCUCUGCAUCGGCCUCCGCCGGCCAUCCCUGCCAAGGCAGUCGAGGAGCGUCCGCCGUCCGUGCUGGUGUACCCGGUACCGGACAUACGGAAGUACGGGAACGUGCGCCUGCUCCUGGCCAAGAGCCUCAGCGAGUCGCUCAACAUGCGCGUUGGUCCGACCACCAUCGUCGGUCACGUGGCACGAAUCGAUGUCCCGAACCGCAACGUGGAGGCGCGUGCACUGGCGCUGAAGAAAUUCACAUGUGGUGACGCCAAAAUCACGGUGCACCUCUUCAAGAACGACCGCAUCAUAGAUGACCCAGAGCGCGAGGAGCGCGAGCGUCGCAAGCGACGCGAGGAGCUGCGGCAGCAAGAGGCGGAGCGGCACCUGGAGCGGCGCCGUCGCACCAGAGCCUCUGCUGGUGGCGACACGCCGGCCGGUGCGAAGGCUUCCCGGCGCGCCGGCAAUGUUGGCGCAGCCCUUACCGGAAGCGCAGGCAUCGACCCGACGAGUCCGGACGCUUUUAACGACCCGAGCGCGUACACCGCUGACGCUCCUGUGCUGUCAGCGAAGGUCGACGUGGCGAAGGCAACCUCAAUGAGGAUCGGUGUCCUCUCAUCGUCGGAGGAUGACGAUGAUGCAAGCAGCAGUGCCGAUUCAUCGUCGUCCUCCUUGUCAGAGUAG